ACCAACAAGCCCACCUUCGAAUCUAUCUUCGAACGGGGGAAAAAGAUAGCGAUGGAUUUCCCUCUGGAUCCGGUGAGCAGUCUACCAAUCUAUGCUGCAUGCCCAGCGGAGGUAGCCGUCUUGAGCUUGCAUGGGGACGACUCUGCCAGCAGCUACGCUGGCCCCGCGGCGGCCGGUGCAUCGGUGAUCGGGGAUCUCGCAGACGGAGCUAGUGUCGGAGAUGUCGGCAGCGCGAUGGCCCUGAUUCCGCGCAGUCAACCGGUAUCGACAAUCCCCAGUCUGCUGGGUGGACGAAGAGGGUUCGUGUCGGCCGCGCACCUCCCGAUAGAACACAUUGCGCUGAUCAGCAGAGUGCGCUGGAGAAAUCAGUUAGGUGUUUCACAGAGAAGCUGGGACGAGGUCAUAGACCCAUGCCUCGGCACAACAUUUGACUCUAUAAAUGAGGCAUACGAUUUCUAUAAUUUGCAUUCAUGUGAGCAUGGCUUUGGGAUAAGAUAUGGGAAGAGCCGGUUAAAUUCGGAGAAGACGAAAUGCAUGCAAGAGAUUGUCUGCGGUUGCUCGAGGAAGCCUACCGGUGAAAAUACAAGGUCUUGCCGCUGUGAAUGCCCUGCUAUGAUUCGCCUGCUGAGAUCUGCUGACAAUGGUUGGUACAUUACUGAGCAUAGGGUGACUCACAACCAUGUGCUGACGGAGACGUGCGGUGAAUUUGUAGAAGUCGUUGGCACCAAGUAACAGUGAAUAUGUUGGUGAAUUUUGUGGCUGCGGGACAGAAGACAGGCCCUGCCGGAGAACGGGUGCAUGGGUGUGGUCCUGACCAGUCGGUGUGUCCGUGCGAGCGGUAAUGUCUGCGUUCCAGGUGGGGAGCUGUGCCUCGUGCCGAACAUCGGCCUCGUCUGGGAAAUUCGAUCUUGUAUAGCAGACACACGAUGCAUGCCUCAGCUGGGAAAAAACGGUGAAGUAAAAUUAAUUUGUGCUGGAGGAGUGGUUAGUCCUGUAAAAACAAGGGACUCACUGGAGCAGCUGCAUAUGAUGGCGAUGUCUUCCCUAUGUCUGAUGCCAUUGUGGUCAUUGUUCGGAGUUUAGCAUGAUCAAAAGCAGUGAUUCGCGGGAGGACGUCAUGCACUCAUGCUUGGUUGUGAACAGACCAAGGUCGAGAUUGUCCAACAUGAAAAUCUGGUGAAUUGAUCGAUAGUUUGUAGGCGUUAGCAUAUUGUGGAAUAACAGAUGCAUAUAGCUGUAAGUGGUACUGGGUUCAGAUAUAUCACCUGGAAGAACAAAUGGCAUCCAAAAUGUUAAUGGUGGUGCUUUCAGUCUUCAUGUCUUUCUGAAAUUUUGACACCCCAUCGAGGAGGGCCUGCAUUGCGUACUCACACCAGUUGAACUGUGUGAUAUUUUCAGUGUUUGCGACUGCACCCCAGAAAUCAAUUGCACAGUAAUCGUAUUUUGUGGAAGGAGCUAGCAGAUGGCCUAUUACAAAAAUGACAAAUGCAAUCUGGAAGCAAUCCUUUUCAAGCUUGCUUGACUCUUCCUUAAUGUCCCUCCCGAGGAAUUCCUCAGCUGCUCUGAGGCUGUGUGAUCCAGCCAGGUUCAUGCCGAGCAUUGACUUUAUGAAAUCAAUGGAUUCGCCUGUGAUGUUGCUGUCCCUGCCUUUGACGUCCCGGUUGCCAAAUGGGAUGCCAAACACCUUGUGCAUGUCUUCAGCCCAGAACCUGAGUGUUUUCUUUUCAUUGAUGCAAAUCUGACGGCGAUGAACGAUCACCUUAGACAUUAUCCAGGAGCUAAACUUGAGGCUGAUCUUCUGUAUCAUGGGGAUCUUGAGUAUGCCGCCGAAGCCAAUUUCUUGAACGAGCCACCGCUUGAAUUCAGUGAAGCCUUCGAUGAUUUCGACUACAUGCUUGACAGAGAUCCUGGAGGUGAAUUGCCUAUCUCGGUUUUCAGCCUUGUCCUUGUUGCCAUCGCUCAGGGGUGGUCCGGACAGGCUUCCGAGUCGUCCGACAUUGCCUAUCGGGCAUGGAUGAGUCAGAGGUCAGGGGUAGAUUUUCAAUAGGAUACGCAGGGGGAAUAACCAGGAUCAAAUGUUAACGAAAAAACGUGAGUGAAAGAUGUGAGUACCUCGACUUGCGCGGAGCUGAAGAUGCAGCUACUGCAGUAGAUUGACAGUCCUGAAAUCAGGGGUUUGUAUGGAACCAGGUGAGGAAUGGGGAAGUUGCUCAGCAUUUUGGAAGCUCGUCUGUGGAGCCGAAAUGGUGUGGGCUUGGCGUGGUAGAUCCCUUUUGUCCCUGCGGAGCUGUGUUGCCGCGUGUGUGCCAUGCGCGCGCGGCGCCUUUAAUGGGAAGUUAGGGCAGCUGUAUGGUCCAGUUUAACUAAGCAGUAGACUUAGGGGAGCAGCUUAGGCUUCAUGUAAGUACACGGCAGUAAAAUUGAUGAUGAACAAAAGUGUGGAGACAUGUAAUAAUCCAAUGCGGA